AUGAAAUAUAUCGUGUUUAUUAUUGUAUUUCUUAAUACGUUCUCCAAUAUCUUUGCUUGGAGAUUUGAUCAUGAUUGCACAGAUAUUAGCAUUGUAGACAUUAAAUUUAUACAAAAUAAUCAGGUCGAAGUAACCGUACAUGGUCCACAAAGAGUUUCACAUCCUGGUUAUUACCCUUGUUGUUUGCAACAGGGGCCAAUGAUCAUUGGUAAUUAUAAAAUUUACACAAAUAACCCAAAUGACCCGAUUGCUACUAUUUGGGUAGACCGUCAAUGGGUAAAUGGUUACUCUGAGGAUAAUCUCGUAGAUUCAAAUAAUUGCGUAUAUGGGCCACAACCGGAUUGUGACAAAGUUUAUCAAGGAGCAAUUGAUUACACGCAUACUUACGAUUUUGAUGCUUCAAGGUUCCCCCCUCCAGGAGGGAAAGUCACACUGUCAAUGGAUAUAUAUGCUCAUUGUACUUUUGACUCUAAUUAUCAAGGGAGAAAUGUUAAUUAUCGAAUACUGCCCUGUGAUAAAUUACGUUUGAUUUGUGAUGGGCAAAAUAUAUGGACCCCAUACACGGGUUCUGCUAAAAAUCACGACGAACAUAUCACGUGA